GGCUGUGGGGGGCGGGGGUCACAAGCUGGGGCCUCCCCGGGCUGAGCCGCAGUAGCGGCCCUGCGCUCCUUCUGGAGGAUGCUGGAAGCCCGGCCCCCCAGGACGCAGGGCAGUGACGCUGCCGGUGCCGCUGCGGGGCGGGGGCUGCGGGCACUGCUGCUCUCCCUGACCGCAGCCACCGGGAGUUUGGGCUCCAUGGGGGAGAGAUCUGCUUACCAGCGCCUGGCUGGGGGCGAGGAGGGACCGCAGAGGCUGGGAGGCGGCAGCAUGCAGCCGGAGGAGGGCACAGGCUGGCUGCUGGAGCUGCUGUCCGAGGUGCAGCUGCAACAGUACUUCCUGCGGCUCCGAGAUGACCUCAAUGUCACCCGCCUGUCCCACUUUGAGUACGUCAAGAAUGAGGACCUGGAGAAGAUCGGCAUGGGCCGGCCUGGCCAGCGGCGGCUGUGGGAGGCUGUGAAGAGGAGGAAGGCCUUGUGCAAACGCAAGUCGUGGAUGAGUAAGGUGUUCAGUGGAAAGCGACUGGAGGCUGAGUUCCCCCCUCAUCACUCUCAGAGCACCUUCCGGAAGACCUCGCCCGCCCCUGGGGGCCCAGCAGGGGAGGGGCCCCUGCAGAGCCUCACCUGCCUCAUUGGGGAGAAGGACUUGCGCCUCCUGGAGAAGCUGGGCGAUGGCUCCUUUGGCGUGGUGCGCAGGGGCGAGUGGGACGCACCCUCAGGGAAGACGGUGAGUGUGGCUGUGAAGUGCCUGAAGCCCGACGUCCUGAGCCAGCCAGAAGCCAUGGACGACUUUAUCCGGGAGGUCAACGCCAUGCACUCGCUCGACCACCGAAACCUCAUCCGCCUCUACGGGGUGGUGCUCACGCCGCCCAUGAAGAUGGUGACAGAGCUGGCACCUCUGGGAUCCUUGUUGGACCGGCUACGUAAGCACCAGGGCCACUUCCUCCUGGGGACUCUGAGUCGCUACGCUGUGCAGGUGGCUGAGGGCAUGGGCUACCUGGAGUCCAAGCGCUUUAUUCACCGUGACCUGGCUGCCCGCAAUCUGCUGUUGGCUACCCGCGACCUGGUCAAGAUCGGGGACUUUGGGCUGAUGCGAGCACUACCUCAGAAUGACGACCAUUACGUCAUGCAGGAACAUCGCAAGGUGCCCUUCGCCUGGUGUGCCCCCGAGAGCCUGAAGACACGCACCUUCUCCCAUGCCAGCGACACCUGGAUGUUCGGGGUGACACUGUGGGAAAUGUUCACCUAUGGCCAGGAGCCCUGGAUUGGCCUCAAUGGCAGUCAGAUCCUGCAUAAGAUCGACAAGGAGGGGGAGCGGUUGCCCCGGCCUGAGGACUGCCCCCAGGACAUCUACAACGUCAUGGUCCAGUGCUGGGCUCACAAGCCAGAGGACAGACCCACAUUUGUGGCCCUGCGGGACUUCCUGCUGGAGGCCCAGCCUACGGACAUGCGGGCCCUUCAGGACUUUGAGGAACCAGACAAACUGCACAUCCAGAUGAAUGACGUCAUCACCGUCAUCGAGGGAAGGCCCGGCUCGCUCACCUUUGGGCCCAGGGUCCGGAACACGAGUGACAUACUGAGACUGCAGGGCCUGUGGUUGGGGGUGUUAUGCCGGGGAAGAAAGCAGAAGGUUCUAGAAAGAGAGGCUUGGAGACAGGAGGCACAGUCUGCAGGUUUGGAGCGGAGGGGUCAGGGAUGGGAUUGCAAGCGUGGCGCUCUGGGGAGAUUAAGGGUGGGGGUCCCCUGGAGGUACUUGGCAGGGCCUCCAGCCCAAAGUUCAGCCCCACGUCCAUGUCCACCUCCACAAGCUGGAGAGCCCCCCAGCCGCUGGUUCCCUGUGGCUGCUGCUGGGGGCUCCUUCCCCGGGGCCACCAGCCCUGGCUUGGACCACAGCACCUGCCCUCCGUGCCUGAAGCUGCUCAGGAGGUGGGAGUGGUUUUCCUUCUGCCGGUGGUGCCAGAGUCCUGGAGACGUGAACCCACUGGCUCGGGCCCUGGGGAUGUGUGCAGAUGAGUGGUCAGGAUCUGUGGACUGGGAGGCGGGAGGCCCGCGCUCCAGACCUGAGACUAUACCCGGUUUCGUCCAGGAGGAAGGGGCUCCGAUAAGAUUCUGCCGCCCUCCACACGCUUCCCCUGCCUCUCUCCCCCACAGACUGUAUCUGGGAAACCCCAUGGACCCCCCCGACCUGCUGAGCGUGGAGCUGAGCACCUCCCGGCCCCCCCAGCAUCUAGGAGGGGUGAAAAGGGAGCCUCCACCUCGCCCACCUCAGCCUGCCUUCUUCACUCAGAAACCAACCUAUGACCCUGUGAGCGAGGACCAGGACCCCCUGUCCAGCGACUUCAAGAGGCUGGGCCUGCGGAAGCCAGGCCUGCCCCGAGGGCUGUGGCUGGCGAAGCCCUCAGCGCGGGUGCCGGGCACCAAGGCCGGCCGAGGCAGUGGGGCCGAGGUCACGCUCAUCGACUUUGGUGAGGAGCCCGUGGUCCCGGCCCUGCGGCCCUGUGCGCCCUCCCUGGCGCAGCUGGCCAUGGACGCCUGCUCCCUGCUGGAUGAGACCCCGCCUCAGAGCCCCACGCGGGCACUGCCCCGGCCCCUGCACCCCACGCCUGUGGUGGACUGGGAUGCCCGCCCGCUGCCCCCUCCGCCCGCCUAUGACGAUGUGGCCCAGGAUGAGGAUGACUUUGAGGUCUGCUCCAUCAACAGCACCCUGGUGGGCAUGGGGGUCCCUGCGGGGCCCAGCCAGGGCGAGACCAACUACGCCUUUGUGCCUGAGCAGGGGCGGCCGCCCCCUCCCCUGGAGGACAACCUGUUCCUCCCGCCCCAGGGUGGGGGCAAGCCGCCCAGCUCUGCACAGACCGCAGAGAUCUUCCAGGCGCUACAGCAGGAGUGCAUGAGGCAACUGCAGGUUCCGGCCGGCUCCCCGACCCCCUCUCCCAGCCCAGGGGGUGACGACAAGCCCCAGGUGCCCCCCCGGGUACCCAUCCCCCCUCGGCCCACGCGCCCACACGUCCAGCUGUCUCCAGCCCCCUCGGGCGAGGAGGAGACUGGUCGGUGGCCUGGACCUGCCUCCCCUCCCCGGGUGCCUCCGCGGGAGCCCCUGUCCCCUCAAGGCUCGAGGACACCCAGCCCCCUGGCACCACCUGGUAGCUCCCCGCUGCCACCCCGACUCUCCAGCUCACCUGGGAAGACCAUGCCCACCACCCAGAGCUUUGCCUCAGACCCCAAGUACGCCACCCCCCAGGUGAUCCAGGCGCCUGGCCCGCGGGCCGGUCCCUGCAUCCUGCCCAUUGUCCGGGAUGGCAAGAAGGUCAGCAGCACCCACUAUUACUUGCUGCCUGAGCGGCCGUCCUACCUGGAGCGCUACCAGCGCUUCCUGCGUGAGGCCCAGAGCCCCGAGGAGCCGGCCCCCCUGCCUGUGCCCCUGCUGCUGCCCCCACCCAGCACCCCGGCCCCCGCCGCCCCCACGGCCACCGUGCGGCCGAUGCCCCAGGCUGCCUCGGACCCCAAGGCCAACUUCUCCACCAACAACAGCAACCCAGGGGCCCGACCACCAGCCCCGAGGGCCACUGCUCGGCUGCCACAGAGGGGCUGCCCUGGGGACGGGCCAGAGGCGGGCCGGCCAGCAGACAAGAUCCAGAUGCUGCAGGCCAUGGUGCAUGGGGUGACCACAGAGGAGUGCCAGGCGGCCCUGCAGAGCCACGGCUGGAGCGUGCAGAGGGCUGCCCAGUAUCUGAAGGUGGAGCAGCUCUUCGGGCUGGGCCUGCGGCCCAGAGGGGAGUGCCACAAAGUGCUGGAGAUGUUCGACUGGAACCUGGAGCAGGCCGGCUGCCACCUUCUGGGCUCCUGGGGCCCUGCCCACCACAAGUGA